AACCCCUAAAAGAAGAAACCAAAACUAUCGAUCCAAAUACGCCCACGCCAAUCGCAGAUAGGCUUUUUUCUAUUUGGAAAUAAAAACCAAAAUGGUAUUACAACAAUAGGCCGAAGCCAUCUCAAUCUUCUUCUUUUUCUUCUGAUGAAAAUUAAGAAUGUUGGGUGGGUCUCGGUGUAUAUCUCAGCACUGUAAUUUUCAUUGCAGUGCUCACCAAUUUUCCACCAUUUUAGCUGCUUCUACACUAACCUCAAAUUCUUCCUUCAAGAAUUUUAGAAUCAGAUUGAGGAACAGGAAUAGUAAUAGUUCUUGUUUGAGCAAUAAAGUUUGUGAUUUUGGGGUCAAUUGUGUUCAACCCAAAUCUUCAGAUACCCAAAGCUCUUUGCUUUCUGAAACUUUGAGCCAAUCUGGAACAGAUGAGGAGCCUCCAUCAGAAAGAUUGCCCAUUCUUACAGGCGGGAUAGUAGCUCUAGGGAAAUUUGAUGCACUCCAUAUUGGUCACCGCGAGCUUGCAAUUCAAGCAGCAAAGAGAGGAAUUCCGUUUCUUCUUUCAUUUGUUGGAAUGGCGGAAGUACUUGGAUGGGAACCGAGGGCUCCCAUUGUUGCUGAAUGUGAUCGUAAAAGGAUUCUUUCGUCUUGGGCUCCUUAUUGUGGUAAUGUAAUGCCAAGGGAACUCCAGAUAGAUUUUUCAAAAGUUCGAUAUCUUACGCCUUGUCAGUUUGUGGAGAAGCUUUCCAAAGAGUUGGGAGUACGAGGAGUUGUUGCUGGCGAGAACUAUCGUUUUGGAUAUAGAGCUGCUGGUGAUGCAUCAGACCUUGUGAAGCUCUGUGAAGAGUAUGGAUUAGAGGCCUAUAUAAUCAAUUCUGUCAUGGACACAAAUCAAAUUUCUGGAGCCUUAAACUCUAUUGACGGAAAAGAGAGAGGGCAAGUAUCAUCUACUCGUGUGAGGUAUGCCCUUCACAAGGGAGACAUGAAAUAUGUGUCAGAGCUAUUAGGUCGGAACCAUCGUCUUAUUUUAAUGAUGGAAGACCAAGAAAGGUUUACUAGUGAGAGAAAUAGGCUGUCAGCUCCAAAGUCUUGUUUGUUGAAUCUUGCACCUAAGGAAGGUCUUUAUGAGAAUUGUUCAGUUUUGAUUGACAAGAAUGUUAUACCCUGCAGAGUAAUAGUUGAUACAACAGAUAUUCAUUUGGAAUGCUAUGAGGUAGAUAGUUUUUCCUGUGUUACUUCUCAAGACUUAAAGAUAUUGGGUAUUGACUUUGGUAGUCCAGAGUUAGAUGGGGUUCAAAUUUUGUAAUUCAUUCCCUAUAAUUUUUUAGUGCAACCAUUUCUGAAUGUCCUUCAGUCUUUAAGUGUGAGUAUGAUUCUUUAAGCGGUACCUUUCUGCUCAAUUCACAUUCUUUUUACGGGAACAUAGCUGAAUUUACUGAUAUUCUAAUUUCUAAGAAUCUGAUAGUAUGAAUAGAAUCGAGAUGAUAAAUGUGCAACAAAAUAGCAAAUAUCAUUAUGUAAUGACUUUUGACCAUUACCAUACAUAAUGGAUUUUGUUCUAUCA